GGCUGAAUCAAUUGCUUUGGUACUAUGCUGGAUCUGAAAAGAAACGAUGCAAAGACCCCAACAAUACCUCGAUUGGAUCAAGUGCUGCAGAUAGUGAUUCAAAUGCUUGUACAAUUUGGAGACGAUUUUCAAACUUGUUCGAGACAGUUCAGACACUUUUUUGGGCCGUAUUCGGGUUGAUCGAUUUGGAUAGUUUCGAGUUGAACGAAAUCAGAAUUUUCACCCGAUUUUGGGGGAUGCUGAUGUUCGGCACUUAUUCAGUUAUCAAUAUCGUCGUUCUACUUAAUCUUCUCAUCGCCAUGAUGAAUCAUUCCUAUCAACUGAUUUCGGAACGAGCUGAUACAGAGUGGAAAUUUGCCAGAAGCAAACUUUGGAUAAGCUACUUCGAAGAAGGAGGAACUGUGCCUCCACCCUUUAACAUCAUUCCAACCCCGAAGAGCGGUUGGUAUAUUAUACAGUGGCUGCGAAGGAAAUUUUGCGGAUCCAGAGCAGCUAAAAAGGAGCAUAUGCGUACCAUCAGGAGGAAAGUCAAACAAGCAAGCGAGAGGGAUUUCAGAUAUCAGGGCAUUAUGAGAAACUUGGUCAGACGAUACGUAACAGUUGAACAACGGAAAGCUGAAAACCAAGGGGUGACUGAAGAUGACGUGAAUGAAAUCAAGCAGGACAUAUCCGCAUUCCGGUUCGAGCUGAUCGAAAUCCUGAAAAACUCUGGAAUGAACACCAGUACUGCCCACAGUGGCAUGGGAACGGGCGGUAAGAAAAAUAGGCAGAAAGAACGAAGACUGAUGAAAGGCUUCAAUAUAGCUCCUCAACCUUCCACUACGUCGUCUUCCACACUACCGCCAGUAGCUGAGUUUAUAGCUUCUCUUCAAGGACAUCAUCAUGAAGGCCACCACGACUUCUUCGGCUCGACGCUAUCAGGCAUCUUCAGCUCCACCCCGCGCAGACUGACCCAGCACAGCAGCACUGUUUCUUCAAGCCAAGGAAGCAUAAAUGAUGGCCACGGUCAUCAUCAUCAUCACCACCAUCAUCAUCGAGGUCUGGGAAGACUGCACUUUAAGAGAACCGGUUCCCACAAGCGCAGAUGGGGCACCUUGAUUGAAGCAGCAAAAACUGGAAAAGUGUCCAGACUAAUCGGCCGAUCGCGCUCAGAAGACUCUGUAUGUAAUAAUUGCAAGGAAAAUGGACAUAAUCACAGCCACAGCAACAGUCCUGCUUCUGAUGAAAACGGCUCGAUCAGUGGAACAGACUCCAAUCAAAGCAUGGAAAAUACUAGCCGAGAUCAGGAUCAUCCAGAGCCAGAGCUGCAUGGUCUGGCCCAUGGCUUGGCCUUGCUGAAGAAGAAGCGCAAGAAAUUUUCGGCUUCCCGAAACACUAGUCCUAUUGUAGUUCCAAAUAGCACCAUAAGUGAAACCAUUUCAAAGAAAUGUAUGCCUCCGAAAAAUAUUCCUCAAGUGUUAAAGAGAGCUUCCAGUGUACCAACUCGUGUUCCAGAAGUUAUUUCCCAACCAGUAUCUCGUCAUGAAAAAACUCAAUCUCAACAGGGCUCCAUCGAGAUACCACCAGCCAGUAGCGGGCCAACUAUAACUCCUUCAACGACUGAAGAAAGUUUCACGGCAACCAUACCUACUGGUUUACCUGGGGCGAAUGGUUCUUCUCGCGAACCACUCCUGUAUACUUCCUCAUCCAGCAAUCCACCAACAGGAUCCACUCAAACCCCAGACGAAGAGUGUAAGCAGACUCAACACAUUUUACCGAAACUUCCUGGAGUGAUUCCUUUAAGUGGCCAUAAUCAUAACACCGGAUGGCUUUAGUAUGAUGCUUAGUGUAGGCACAUAAGUAAUAAGGGUAGUUUUUUAUUUAUAGAAUCGAAUACAUGUACAAGAUGGCCCGAAAUAUCAUAUUGCAACUUUAUUUUGCGUAUAAUUUUAAUGAAUAUCAUUUUGUACUCAUAUUUUUCGGUGAAUAACACGUUUUUUUGCACGCAGAGCUCAACUAAUCACAUUAAAUUUUAUUUCGUUUUUACGCUAGAAAUGUGGCUUCCCAGAAAAUACCUCAAUAUCUCAACGACACAGCGGAAAGUUUUUACAAAAUUAAUUUAAGAUGCAAGACAAAACUAAUCCUUACAGCUAGACCAUACGAUGAUCAACGGUUAACAUUUUUAAAAUACUUAUCAGCUGGGUUUAGCCUGAAAUUAGCGACCGCGAGAUCUGCACUUGAAUCACCCAGUGUACUGUGAAAUUCUACUUUAAUUAUUCGUUUCUUUAUAGUACUAAGCAAAAAAAUAGUUAAAAGAAUUGAAUUUUUCGGGCCGAUCAACGAUUGAUCUUCACUUAAGCCACGUUCCUUUUAAAAUAUAUCUUGUAUAUUUGACUAAUAAAUAAACUCGAAAUAAUAGAUUUUAAAGUAUAAAUCAAUGGAACACACGGGCCAAUGCUUUGAAAAAUAUCUUUUAUCAGUGUAUACAAAUUUCCAAGAUUUAAUAUUCCAAGAUUAUUUUUUUAGCGCCGUUUAGGUGUUCCAUUGACAAAUAUACGCAACAAAUCAAAUUGGAAAUGGAAUUGCUAAAGGACCAUUUAUAACGAAAAAACAGCAGGGUUAAAUGUUGUAAUUUGUUCCAUGUUAAAACUUGUUCAGUGGUGGUCCCAGAGUUUUCCAUAGAUUACGUAUUUUAAAUAAUUGAUAAGUAAAUUAAGUAAAAUAAGUACUAAACAUUUUAAGGAAAGAUCUUUUCGUAAAACGAUUUUCAACUCCCAGGCAUCAAAAUUUUAUCGUUGUCUUUUGCAUGAUUUAACUGUUUGUUUUAUCUGCAGAUUUUUCACUUCUCAAAACUUCAACUUAAAACUAGUCUUCAGUAAUAGGGUAUUUUCUUCCACGUGCAAAGGCCCUAUUGUAAUACUACAUACAUCUAUUAUACAUGAUUGCCUAAAAUUAAUUUCGAUUUGUUGGCAUAUUUAUAAUUUAUUUUAAAAGUUGAUAACUUUUUGGUAAUUUUAUACGAGACAUUAUUUAUAAAAAAAAUCCGUAAGUCUUUUAUAAUAGUUUUCUACAAUAUCGUGCCUUUAUCGGUUUUAGGUAAAGUAUUUUUAAGAUAACGAAAAUAUCCGCCAUAUGUACCCGAUCUAGUAGAAAUAAUUAAUGUAUUUUAAUCAAAACUAGUCAUAAGAAGUUACUGCGGAAAUAGGAUAUAGCAAAAAAAUUAAGUUGGAAGGUGGUAAUUUAUUAGUUUUUGAGGAGAUGAUCAUUGGUACUUUCUUAGUCCUUAUGUCCGUGUAUAAUCUAUAUAAUAGUAAAAUUUAUUUAUGUGCUAAUUAACUUGACGAUCUCAUAACUAAGAUAAGAUUUUUUAGAAACGUUCGUGGCAUCAACAUUGCGCUUUCCAUAUGUAUUAUGUGCAAGAAAUACUUAUAAUUAAAAUAUUCAGUAAAUGAGUAAUAGAAAACAUAUGACGCGCAAAUCGCUCCAUAGCAUAUAUAAUAAAACAGCACCUACAAAAGUAAAAUCGAAAACGCACAAAUAUGUAGGUAGUUUAAAACGGCCUUGAAGAAUGGAUCUAAAGUAACGCAUUUUAUCUCAUUUAAAAUUUAACUACAGGUGAUUACUAUACUAUGUAUUUAUGUUAAGUUUCAAAAGUCAUCCAAGACAACUGUUUCCAGGGAUAUAAUUUAUAAAAAGGUUUAUAAAAGUAAAAUUUGCUGAAAAUA